AGCAAAGGCUGUUUGAGGCGCAGACAACAUGGCGGCGGAGGAGGCGGAUGUGGACAUAGAGGGAGAUGUGACUGAGUCGUGCAGGGGAACCUACGAAACUCUGGACUCGCCAUUCACCCCCGAUCACUACGUGGAACCCGUGUGGAAACGAGACGACCUACUGACUCCGUGGACCCUGGACAACUCGAUCAGUGAUGAGAACCGCGCCGCCAUCGAGCGAAUGCUGCUGGAGGAGGAAUACUAUUUCUCUAACAAGCCGCCCGCAGGCAAGGUCUGGUCUGAUGCUAAAGAUGGCGACAAGCCCGGCAUCAAAAGGAGUCCACAAAAGAAAGUGGCGCGGGCCCCGGUCAGAUCGCCGUCUAAGCCCGGCAGCAGCGCCGUGAAGUGGAGCGCGGAGGAGAAGGCUCUGUUUGAGCAGGGACUGGCCAAGUAUGGCAGACGUUGGACGAGUAUCGCAAGGCUGAUCGGGAGCCGCACAGUGCUGCAAGUGAAGAGCUACGCCAGGCAGUAUUAUAAGAAUAAGUGUAAAGCGGAAGAUGGAAAGAACGAUUCCAAGGUGGAUUCUGCGGUUCUUCAUCUGCUCCGUCUAGAGGAUGCCGCUGGAGAUGAGCUGUCCGCACUCCGAGGCCGCGCCGAUCCUAACCUCAACGCAGUGAAGAUCGAGACGUUAUCAGACGACGAAGAGAUUGACAUAACUGAUGAGGUGAAGGAGGAGCCUGCCGAUAAUGGAGACCACCCGCUAAUGAUUCUGGCGGAGGAGGUGGGGCCUACAGUCAGUGAACAAGGAGAGGAGGCAAUUACAGAUCCCAUGUGUCAGCUGAUGGACGGUGGACGCUCUCCCCCUGCUCUCAGCGACACUCCAGCCCCCAGUCCUCAAAUGCAGGCGGCGAGUCCUGCCUCUCCACACACCCAGGAGAAGGACGACUGUCCGUCCUCAUUACCGUCCCCUCCACCCUGUGAGCAGGAACAGCUGGAGGAAGUAGACGAGCUGAAACCUCCCGAGCAGGAAGUGGAAAUAGAGCAAGACUUUAUUUCUGAGGAAGAGAAGCAGGCCAUCUCAGAAUUUUUCGAGGGCCGGCCAGCGAAGACUCCAGAGCGUUAUCUCCGGAUUCGCAAUUACAUUCUGGAUCAAUGGAAGAUUUGUAAACCAAACUAUCUAAACAAAACGUCCGUGCGUCCGGGGCUGAGGAACUGCGGAGACGUGAACUGCAUCGGUCGCAUCCACACUUACCUGGAAUUAAUUGGUGCCAUCAACUUUGGCUGUGAGCAAGCUGUCUACAACCGUCCGCGACCGGUGGACAAAACCAAGUCUAAGAUGGGGAAGGACACCUUGGAAGCCUACGAGUUGGCUCACCGCCUGCACUCUAUGCGCACCAGAAGAAGACGUGUCCGAGACCCCCGGGGAAACUGGUGUGAUGCCAGAGAUCUGGAAGGACAGACCUUUGAGCAUCUCUCGGCAGCAGAGGUAGCGAUCAGACGGGAGAAGAUGAAACAGUCAAAGUGUUCCAAAGGAUCGAGACCGUCCAAGAGCUCCUUUGACCCAUUCCAGCUGAUUCCCUGCUCCGACUUUACAGAAGAGAAGCCGGCCCCGUUUCGAGUGAAGGUGUCAGCGGAAGCCAUGUUGAUAUUGGAUUUGCACGCUCACGUAUCCAUGGCGGAGGUUAUCGGCUUAUUGGGUGGAAGUUAUUCAGAGGAUGACGGUAUUAUAGAAAUCUGCGCCGCGGAGCCGUGUAACAGCCUCAGCACCGGACUUCAGUGUGAGAUGGAUCCGGUCUCCCAGACCCAGGCAUCGGAGGCCCUGCACCUGCGCGGCUACAGCGUCAUCGGAUGGUACCACUCUCACCCAGCGUUCGACCCCAACCCUUCAAUCCGAGAUAUCGAUACUCAGGCCAAAUACCAGAGUUAUUUUUCUCGGGGAGGAGCGAAGUUUUUGGGGAUGAUUAUCAGCCCGUAUAAUCGCAGUAACCCCCUGCCCCAGUCUCAGCUCUCCUGCCUGGUGAUAAGUGACGAUCCCAGCGACGAUGGAUCACACAGGAUACCGUACCGGUUUGAUGUAGAACACUUGCCCGGAGAACCUCACUGGGAACUUCUGUUUGAGAAGACAAGAUGGAUCAUUGAGAAGUAUCGCCAUUCCCACAACAGCGUCCCGAUGACCCGGCGCUUUCGACAAGACAGUGAUCUAACGUGUUUACAGAAGCUCCUGUCGUGUUUGAGGAGGACGUUGGUGAGUUCGGCCUGCGCGGUGUUCGCGGAUGAGUUCCUGAGCAGGAUCGAGGACUAUUUCCUGAACAGCUAUACAAAUGUGAAGGAGGAGCAGGAGCCGGGGGAGGUGCUGCCGGCAGAGGACACAGGAGGAGAGUGAGGCUGCUGUCUGAUGGACAUGUCCCGUCCUUGUAUUAACCCUUUAAGGACAGUUCAUCUUUAGCCACCGACUGUAGACUGGGGCCCUUUCACUUCACUUCACUUGUUGUGGGGGUCCCCGGCCAGCAGAUCUAACCAUGCAGGAACUCAAUGCUCGUUUCUUUUGUGCCCACUGAUCCUAUGGGUGGGUCGGGUACCCCAGAGGGAGACAAAUUCUGGUGGUUCUAGUUGGAAGCUCCCUUAAUGUUACCUCAAGUCCUAAUAGUGCGUUAUACAAGGGGUUCUCUGAAAUGCACCAUAUCCAGUGCCUCUGGUAAAAUAUCCAAAUAUAUAAAGGGGUUCAGUAAUCACAGAGGCUGCUGGCACUGAAUAAUUACAUGGUGCCCUUUAUAAUAUUGUGAGAGACGUGAGCGCUCUGUGCACUGUCGCCUCCAUUAUAACGGGGUAUCACUUUAUUCUAUAAGACGGAGGUAAAGAGCGUGCAAUCCGUUCCAGUCACUAAGAUGGUAACUGCCCCACUGACUACUAGGAGCUCGGUCUACAGCAGUGGUGGUCGGCGCAUCGUAGUAUUGGGGGCCUUGGGUGCAGCCCCUAGCGGAGGGCCGAGCACUACAUUCCCGGGCCCCUCUUCCAGCACAGAGGUGUCUGUCAUGCAUGUGCAUGUCUCUCUAUAGUAAAUAGGAAAAGCUGAUGAAUGCCUGAAGCAUGUUGGGAAAGACUUUGUAACCUGACUUUACAACGGAUUUCCAGCUCCCCGGCCCUGAACAGAUCAACCUGGAAACUUUCAAUAAAGUCACAGCAACUCCUACAGUGAUAACCUAAAAGCUCCCAAAUACAGCGUCCUGCUGGCAGGGGAAAAAAAUGAUGUUUACAUAUAUAUCAUCUACCUAAACGGUGGAGCCACUUUGUAAAUACAUUGUAUUACUUACCUUGUACUGAUCCUGUAUUAUACUCCAGAGCUUCACUCACUAUUCUGCUGGGGGAGUCACUGUGUACAUACAGACACAAUAGAAAACUGAUCCAUCAUGGCUCUAGAAGACAUAAUACAACCUGGUCUGUUCAUGAUGGAUGUAUGUGGUUGUAUUAUUGUAACGGAAGCGUUUUUGUAGAUCCAUGACGGAGCAAAAAAAAAA